CAUUUUUCCUAAACAGCCGGUGUUUGGACACAUGUUUUCUCCACUCCUCCCUUUCUUCUGUCUUUUUCAAACUCUCUCCCCUUUCAUCGCUCCUCCCAUGUCCAUCUCACUCUUCUAGGGUUCUUACUUCUUUUCCAACAGACAAGACAAAACCCCAUUUUCAGACACUAACUCAACUCUUUCUCUUUCCUUCUAAAUCACUCAUGUAAUAAAAUUCAACGUUUUCCAGCAAGAAACAAUUAAAAUAAACGUAAAAUUAGAUCUCUCUCUCUCUUUCCCUCUUCAAGGGGAGAACAAAAGUUUUAUAUUUCAGAUGGGUCAAGAACAACAUUUCGCACCUCAGAAGAGAGUCUCCGGCGCCGGCGGCGUUCUCCCUACGACCACCCUCAACGGAAGGACCUCUGCACGUGGAGCAAUGCCACGUGGCAGGCAGAUCCAGAAGACUUUCAACAACAUUAAGAUCACUAUCCUUUGUGGCUUCGUGACGAUCCUCGUCCUACGUGGCACUAUUGGCGUUGGGAAUUUGGGGGGUUCCGAUGCUGACGCUGUUAAUCAAAACCUCAUCGAAGAGACAAACCGAAUCCUUGCAGAGAUCCGUUCGGACAAUGACCCCAAUGACCCGGAAGACCCGGCCGAGUCCGAGUUUAACCCGAAUAUUACCUACACUUUGGGUCCGAAAAUUUCCACCUGGGACAAUGAUCGGAAAGCUUGGCUUGCUCAAAACGGUGAGUUUCCUAAUUAUGUUAAUGGAAAACCGAGGAUUUUGUUAGUUACUGGAUCGCCUCCUAAGCCUUGUGAUAAUGCUAUUGGUGACCACUACUUGUUGAAGAGUAUAAAGAAUAAGAUAGAUUAUUGUAGGAUUCAUGGGAUUGAGAUUGUUUAUAAUAUGGCUCAUUUGGAUAAAGAGUUAGCUGGGUAUUGGGCGAAAUUGCCAUUGAUUAGGAAGUUGAUGUUGUCUCAUCCGGAAGUCGAGUGGAUUUGGUGGAUGGAUAGUGAUGCAAUGUUUACUGAUAUGGUGUUUGAGAUUCCUGUUGCCAAGUAUGAUAAUUAUAACUUGGUUGUUCAUGGGUAUCCUGAUUUGAUGUUUGAUCAGAAGUCAUGGAUAGCGUUGAAUACGGGAAGUUUCUUGUUUAGGAAUUGUCAGUGGUCGUUGGAUUUGCUUGAUGCUUGGGCACCGAUGGGACCAAAAGGAGUGGUAAGAGAGGAGGCUGGGAAGAUUUUGACGGCUAAUUUGAAAGGGCGGCCGGCUUUUGAGGCAGAUGAUCAGUCUGCUUUGAUUUACUUGUUGUUGUCACAGAAGGAUAAGUGGAUUGAUAAGGUGUUCCUUGAGAAUCAGUAUUAUUUGCACGGGUAUUGGGCUGGGUUGGUUGAUAGGUAUGAGGAGAUGGUGGAGAAAUACCAUCCGGGUUUAGGUGAUGAAAGGUGGCCGUUUGUGACUCAUUUUGUCGGUUGCAAGCCUUGUGGGAGUUAUGGGGAUUACCCAGUUGAGAGGUGCUUGAAGAGCAUGGAGAGGGCUUUUAAUUUCGCGGAUAAUCAAGUUCUUAAUCUAUAUGGAUUUGGUCAUAGGGGAUUGUUGAGUCCCAAGAUUAAGAGGAUCAGGAAUGAGACGGCUACUCCUUUGGAUUAUGUGGAUCAGUUUGAUAUUCGCCGUCCAGUUCAUGAGAAGAGUGGAGUACAGAGCUAGGACAGUGAAACUGAAACAUCAUAUUCAAUGUGUCAUAGUGUGUAGAAAUAUUCUUCUGUUGAGAAUUGGAGAAAUGCUGUUGUGCUUUAUGAAAGCGUCCAUGUCAUAGUUAUUUAUAGUGAUGUAUAUUUGUUCAAAUCUUCUCAUUAUCUCUCUCAAAGAAGGAAAUGGCAUCUGUCUACAUAGUAACUUAAUCGACACAGAUAAUAGUUGAUACCCUGAGUUUUAACCAUCAUUGUUGGUUUACAGGGAAGAAUUCAGAUUUUUGCAGAUUAAGUAGUUAUU